CUAUAGUCAUUAAUGUUAUCUCAAAAUUUUUUGAGGGUUUAAUUGAGAUAAAUCUCAUUAAAAUCGUAUUUAUUGUAAUAUUGUAAUUAAAGUUUAAUUUAAUAACUUUUCAUGCUAGGAGCUUUUGAAAUCUCGAGGGCCAUUUGAAAGGAGGAAUAUUGUGAAAACUGAGAAUUUUGACAACCGUAAUGAAGACUGUUGUCCCGGAGCUCCGGAUUCGUAUUCCUGCAACGAUAGAACAGAAGGCCAACUAACCAUCACGUUUUCCGUUUCCUUGUUUGAUUCGAAAAAGAAAUCGGACAAACAAGAUAAGACAGGUUUUUAAACACGAAAUGGCAAAAGCAGAGUCCAAUGUUAGCGAUGGAUUGACGCUAGACCUAGUAAGAGAUUCAUUGAUCAGGCAAGAAGACACCAUUGUUUUCAGUCUUAUAGAGAGAGCCAAGUUUCCUUUAAAUUCUCCAACAUACGACCCAUCUUACACUUCUAUUCCCGGAUCCUGCGGCUCUUUGGUUGAAUUCAUUGUCAAAGAAACAGAGGCCAUUCAAGCCAAGGCUGGGAGAUAUGAGAAUCCUGAGGAACAUCCGUUCUUCCCAGAUAAUCUACCACCCUCUCUGGUGCCACAUCACAAGUAUCCUAAGGUUUUACAUCCUGCAGCCAUGUUUGUUAACAUAAAUAAGAUGAUAUGGGAUAUGUAUUUCAACAAAUUGCUUCCAUUGUUUGUCACUCCGGGUGAUGAUGGAAACUAUGCAUCAACAGCUGCUCGUGAUCUCGAGUGUUUGCAGGCCCUCUCUAGAAGAAUACAUUAUGGAAAACUCGUUGCUGAAGUUAAAUUCAGAGAUGAAAGGAAGGACUACGAGCCAGCAAUUCGUGCUCAGGAUAGAGAUACUCUGAUAGGUUUAUUGACCUUUGCGAAUGUGGAAGAAGCGGUAAAGAAGAGGGUGGCAAAGAAGGCAGUGACAUUUGGGCGGGAUGUUCAGCUUGGUGAUGAUGGCAACAAGGGAAAGUAUAAGUUGGAUCCAGCUAUUGUUUCCCGCCUCUAUGGAGAUUGGGUAAUUCCCCUAACAAAGGAAGUUGAAGUGGAGUAUCUACUACAUCGCCUUGACUGAAACCUUAGCCAUAUCAGUACAAACAAGAUCAUUUAUGCGUAAAAACUGCUUCCAGAUUAUUAUUACUAUUCUGAAUUAUUAUCAAAAUUAUGACUUUGAGCUGAAUGCUUAAUUUAGUUUAUUUAUAUAAUUAUUUUUAAAAU